CGUGUUAACUGUGAUAGGUGUUGCUAAUUGAUUGAAGCGUACACAGGGUGACCAUGUUGCCUGUCUAUGUAGGGCACGAGAGCGUGCAUAGCCGGCACGCUCGUGCAGGAGGUGCCCAAGGGCAGGGCGCGCAAUAUGGAUAUCCACCACCUCAACCAAAGCUGUCAUCGACUCAGCGCCUUUGGAUUCGUCGCGUGCUGCGUACCGUCUUCGUUGUGCUCUUACUGUCGCCGGUCUGGUACUUCGUUCGCGGUCAUGAAAGCAAACAAAGCGCCGAGCUUAAACGUAAUAGAAAGAUCUUGGAAGCAGAGGCAAAAUUGUUUAUUCCAGCGGCAACAUUAAAGAACCUCGUGCUCGUUGCGGGACAUGCGGUCUACACGGGUGUGGACUAUUCAGAAGCGAGCAAGGAAUCAUCAUGGUUUCUUGAAGAGUACCAAAAGGUUCCAGGCGAGGCCCAGUCCUUCCUGGACCACAUCCGGCUGGGUAUCGAGGAGGCGGCGCUAGACCCGGAGGCGCUGCUGCUGUUCAGCGGCGGGCAGACGCGGCGGGCAGCGGGGCCGCGCAGCGAGGGGCUGAGCUACUGGGUGGUGGCGGAGGCGGCGGAUUGGUUCGGACACCCGGAGGUGCGCAACCGCACCUUCACGGAGGAGCACGCGCGGGACAGCUUCGAGAACCUGCUGUUCAGCCUGUGCAGGUUCUACGAACUAGCGGGGCACUACCCCGAAACCAUCACCGUUGUGUCGUACACGCUCAAGGAGGCUCGCUUCCGUACACUGCACAGGGAGGCGGUUCGCUGGCCGCUCGAGUACUUCCGGUUCGUGGGGACUCCGGUGCCGCCGGGCGCGGUGGGAGCAAAGGAGGGGGAGGCCCGCACCGUCAGUUCCUUCGCUGCCGACCCCUACGGAUGCGGCGGGGAGCUGCUCGCCAAGCGACUGCACCGCGACCCAUUCGCGGUGGGCCCCAUCCACCCCAGCCGUUGCCCCGAGAUGCGCGCGCUGCUAGCCUACUGCGGGCCCGACAUGUUCCCGGGUCGGCUGCCCUGGCAGGAAUGAGCC